CAAUUGCACAUACGUGCAGGUGAUAAAAGUGCACGAGAAACUAGAACAGAACUUCGUGAUCGGGUCCACGGCGUUGAAGAAAGUAACCUUUAAAGCGAAGUGAAUCUACACAGGAAAAAAAUGCCAAGCAAUUUAUUGCAUCUUCAGCAUCGUGCUGAUUGGUUUCGCUACGGCUGGUGUAACAGAUCAAAAUAAUCAGACGGUGGGAACUCGUCGUCCUUCAUGUUCCGUGCCGCCAACUUCAUGCGACGUCAAAACCAGCAAAAUGUGCUGUCUGCUGAUGUACCCUGAGUGUCACUGCAAGUGUGUGGCGUAUCAUGCAAGCUGCUCAGCGUCAUGGGGAGAUAAGUGCAAACCACCACGUGUCACUGAUUGCGAGAGGACAGCUGGACAGCGAAUUUGUCGUUGUGGAGGAAUGAAUCGUCGUUCAUGUUCCCAGCCAUCAGCUCCAUGCGACGUGAAGACCACCAAGUUGUGCUGCUUGGUAAUGUACCCUGAAUGCCGCUGCAAGUGUGUACGGCAUCUCAUACGCUGCUCAACUACAUGGGGAGAGCAGUGUAGAGCACCAAGCGUCCUCAAUUGCGAUAAUGAUGCUGGCCAACGAGUUUGUCGUUGUGUUCAAGUACCACAACUGCAAGCACUACCGCCAAGUACUAGUUUCGGUGGGACAACAGGAACAGGAAAUGCACAGGCAGGAACUACUGCACGCUCAUGUUCCUCGCCGUCGACUCCAUGCGACGUCACCACCAGCAAGCUGUGCUGCAUGAUUAUGUACCCUCAGUGCCAGUGCAAGUGUGUACAGCAUAAGAUAAGCUGCUCAAUUACAUGGGGAGAGCAGUGUAAACCACCACGCGUCAUCAAAUGCGACGAGAAUGCUGGCCAACGAGUCUGUCGUUGUGUUCAAGUACCACAACUGCAAGCACUACCACCAAGUACUAGUUUCGGUGGGACAACAGGAACUGGAAAUGCGCAGGCAAGAACUACUGCACGCUCAUGUUCCUCGCCGUCGACUCCAUGCGACGUCACCACCAGCAAGCUGUGCUGCAUGGUUAUGUACCCUCAGUGCCAGUGCAAGUGUGUGCGGCACGCAACCAGCUGCUCAGUCGCGUGGAAAGGGCUGUGUAAACUUCCAUACGCCGUCAAAUGCGAGGAGACAGCUGGUCAAAGAAUCUGUCGUUGUGUAUUCUAUCCCUCCGGAUGAUUGGAUGACAAUGGACGUUCGUGUGGACAAGACGAGGGCUACAUACAAUCCUUCAUGUUAACAUUUAUAUAACAAUUCAACGCACGUUUGUCGUACCUCAUUUAUUACCCACAAAAUACAAUUGAUAACACGUCUCUCGAAUCUGUGUCAACGUACAAGCAUGCUGGGGCUCAUAUAUGUAGCAUUCUUACUGGAAGGCUACAGUGAAAGCUGACAUCGCAUUGAGGUGCCUUCGAAAAGGCUUCUACAUAGCGCUCUUAUAUACAAUACCUACAUCCGUCUAUCACUUAAGUAUGCAUUAUUCUCCAACGACCACUGUGGCGGCACAGUGAGAGAAGACCUACAAGCUGCGCAGAAUCGUGGCACUCUCUUCACCAUAAUAUAAUACUAUGACUACACAGACAGUUUUACCAUGAUAAAUCGUAGAUUAGUUUUCUACGAACAGCGCGACACAUUCCUUUCAUAAACUCUCCGACCAAAACGGUUUUACCAUAAACUUUCCUACGCUGCGCAAAAGCACUGGUGCUUGCUAUUGUCCCUGCUGCGCUGUUGGAGUAAAGCUAAUAACUAAAACACUGGCACACAUUUACGAAAUUGCAUUUGUGAAUGCUCAAUAAAGCUGCCACUGCUUCUC